AUGGCUACCGGCGCGGUCAAUUCGAAUCGCCUGAACGCUCCCCAGGCCUUCGUCUCUUCCUAUGCACCGCGCGUACGAACCUACGGCAACUCGCUGUUGACGCCUGUCGUGCCCCAAACAAUUCUCCCACCCGUCCGCACAACAAAACGAGGCACCACUGCCAUCAACUACGCUGAGGAGUUUGACGAUGAUAGCAUUGAAGACUCAGAUGGUCCCCGACGGGCGACUGGCUUGCGCACCGCUCAACAGCGACGCGAGCCAGACCCUAUGGUGGAGAAGGCGAAGGAGCUAGGCAAAGAGAUUCAUGCGCCUGUUGAUGUCCAGGGCAUCUGGCGAGAUUGGAUGGGCAAGCCGAAGCGUACCUUGACUGAGAGGCAGAUGCAUAUUCAGUCUGCCUUGCCAACAACUCUCAUACCUAUCAAAAUCGAUCUGGACGUGGCUCCCUUUCGACCAGAGGCUGCAUUGCCUACACCCGGGAACGCCAAAGACUUUGGCAUUGAUGAGAACCUGCCUGCCUACAAGGCGCCUGAGCCCACACCACCGUACCGGCUAAAGGAUCAGUUUCUGUGGAAUCUACACGAGGCCCUCAUCACUCCGGACAUGUUCGCUAAGACCUUUGUGGAUGAGCUCGACUUUCCAGUCAUGAGGAAGCAGGCUAUGGUUCUGGAGAUCGCGCAGCAGAUACGUAUCCAGCUUGAGGAGAACGCAGCCACGGCGCUGCAUCCACUAUUUCAACCAGAGGCAGUGAACCAGCCACCUCCCACCACUGCACCCACUCCUUCGAUCCGACCUGCAAUCUCACGAGAAGACUCCUCUACACCAAUGCAGGCAGACACCCCCAGCGCUGGCUUCUUGCAGCUACCUCAGACCAAUGGCCAUCAGAUCUCAUCAGAUCCACCCACACCAAUGCCGAAUGGUACUGCGACGCCAGCUCUGGCAGUGGCAGCGCAGCCCCUACCGAGAGAUCCGUCCGCAUCAUCAGCACUCAAUCCUCCAGAUACGCACCGUUGUGUGAUCACUUUAUCCAUCAACCUCCAGAACAGGCUAUACACAGACAAGUUCGAAUGGUCAUUGCUACAUCCUCCUGGUUUCCCGGAGAUAUUCGCCAGGCAAACAUGUGCUGAUCUUGGCCUGCCUGGAGAAUGGGUGCCCAUGAUGGCGCAUGCCAUCUACGAGUCAAGCAUGCGGCUGAAGAAGGACAUGAUUGACAAUAACGGGACAAUGGCUGGAGUUGUUGGAAGUGGCGUGGACGGUUGGGGGGUCAUCGAGAAUGAAGCCUGCGAAUACCACGGCACGGCAGAGUCUGCGCUCGGCGUGGGUGCAGGUUGGAGAUUUGACGAGGACGGUCUGGGUGUUGACUGGGAGCCCAAGAUUGAAGUGCUCAGCAAAGAGGAGAUUGAGAGGCGGGAAGGCGACAGAGAACGCCAGAUCCGUCGGCAACGAAGAGAAACAGCCCGCUUCACUUCCACUUACACACUGCAAGGGCAGAGCAGUGGGCUGGGCGAUUACUUUUCUGGUGGUCUUGGCUCUUCACAGCAAGCGACUGGAGGUGUCGAUGAUGAACGUAUGGGGAGAGGCGAACGAUCGAAGAAGAAGCGACGCUUUAGAAGUUUGUCACCAGUGGGCCGUGAGACUCCUGAUGUUGCUGGCUUCGGUGGAACGACGAGUCAACUUUCUGAGGGUGAACGACAGUACUGGGCGUGCUCGCACUGCUGCAUAUGGGGCUCGGCAGUAUGGGGUGUGCGAGAUGGGCCUAAUGGUCCGAGAACGCUUUGCACCAACUGCGGUCUACUCUACGAGCGCGACAAGCGACUUCCACCUUGGAACCAUCGCCUCUUCUACCACGAAAAGAACCAAGCCUCACGAGAAGCCAACAUACCCCAAUACAACCAAGCACCACCCGUCCGCCAACUCUCCCACCUCCAAUCCGACCUCGCCUCCUUCCCCCAAUCAACCCCAAUCCAACCACUCCGUCCCCACCCUGGCCCCCAACGCGAAGACGUCAACCCCUCCUCGCACCUCUACACAGGCGCCUCCUCCGGCGGCCAAGGCCAAAUCUCCGCCAGCACCAUGGCUGACAUCAUCAACUACGCCGAACCCGGCGAAGACCUCGACUGGACGAAAAUCACGGAACCCCGCGAGCGGAAACGCCUGCAGAAUAUCAUCAACGGCCGCAAGUAUCGUGAGCGGCGGUUGGCGGCGGAAGGGCACGGUGGUAGUGGAGGGAAUUAUCCUGGCGCGGCGGGCGUGGGCUCGUAUCUCAGUCAGGGGUAUGGACAGCGGCAGUCGUUGCAGGCUCAAUCUUCGGGACUGGGGAGCUCGCAGAAGUAG